GAUGGCGGCUGUCAUGAUUACUUUCCUGUUUCAAUUCUUAUUCUUUGUUGAUUGUUAUGCGAAGUAUGAUCCAACAUGGAAAAGUAUAGACUCAAGACCAAUACCUUCGUGGUAUGAUGAAUCCAAACUCGGUAUAUUUGUCCACUGGGGCGUUUUUUCUGUACCGAGCUAUUCCUCUGAAUGGUUUUGGGAAAACUGGCAACAUCAAAAACUCCCAGGUAUUGAAGAAUUUAUGAGGGAGAAUUACAAACCUGACUUCACCUAUCAAGACUUUGCCAAAGACUUUUCGGCUGAGUUCUUUAUUGCUGAUCAAUGGGCAGAUAUUUUCAACUCCUCAGGUGCAAGAUACUUGGUGUUUGUCAGUAAACAUCAUGAAGGGUAUUCCAACUAUGCUUCACGAUACUCAUUUGGGUGGAACUCUAUGGAUGUAGGACCAAAAAGGGACAUUAUUGGUGAGCUGGCAGAGUCUAUCAAGGAACGAACCAACAUGCAUUUUGGUCUGUAUCACUCCCAGUAUGAGUGGUUCAACCCUCUGUUCCUGAAAGAUAAGGCCACCAAUCUCACUACCGAUGACUUUGUUAAGUUCAAGACACUGCCAGAGUGGUACGAAAUAACAAACCGUUAUCUUCCAGAGAUUUUAUGGUCAGACGGGGACUGGGAAGGAACAGAUGAAUACUGGAAGGCAAAGGAGUUCAUAGCCUGGCUCUACAAUGACAGUCCAGUGAAAGACACCAUUGUUAUCAACGACCGUUGGGGAAAUGGAAUAGGGUGUAAACAUGGAGGCUUCUUCACAUGUGGUGACCGAUUCAACCCAGGUCAUCUAAUAAACCACAAGUGGGAGAACGCAAUGACGCUAGACAAGUACUCCUGGGGUUAUCGUAGAAACGCCCGCCUGUCCGACUACCUGACCAUGGACCAGCUGAUUGAGACAUUUGUAAAAACUGUUAGCUGUGGCGGAAACAUGUUGCUGAAUGUUGGCCCUCGUCAUGAUGGGAUAAUUGACCCGCUGAUGCAGGACAAACUUGCCAAGCUUGGCCAGUGGUUAUCAGUGAAUGGGGAGGCCAUAUUCAGCACCCGACCUUGGACCUAUCAGAAUGAUUCAAUAAAUGGAGAUGUCUGGUACACAAACCGCAUCACUGAAGACCAAAACAUCGUAUACGCCAUCUCUUUGUCCUGGCCUAGAAACAACUCCCUCUACCUUCAUUCCCCGUUCCCAUCAAAACAGACAACAGUCGUCUCUCUCUUAGGAUACCAGCAUAAACUGAGCUGGGCACCAGCUGUUGGACAAGGCAUGAUUAUCUCACUUCCCUCACUGGCUCCUAGUGAGCUCCCCUGUCAGUGGGCCUGGGUGUUUCAGCUUGAGGGACUGAUACAGAAACAGAGGAAGGAGCCAAUGAGGAUGCCCAAGUUUAAUGUGAAUAAGCCUCCACAUCCACAUUACUGGCCAGAUGUUUCCUACACUUAGAGAAAAACUACAUGUAUCCCCAUUACUGGCUGGAGGUUUCCCACACUGAACACUAUUUGAUUUACAUGGCUUUUUGUCUAAAAUAUUCAUUCUUAAGAACAUUUAUUUUAAUUAUGUUAAACAAAUUAAGAUAUUUUAGACAUAAAAAAGCAAAGGCUACUUUAUUUUAUAUCGAGUUUAUAAUUAAUCAGUCUUUUACGUCAAUUGUUAUGUUGCCUUAUUAUUUUUAUUUCUAAUAUUUUUGGUAAAUUGACUAAGUUGUGAUAUAUUAAACAGAAUCACAUUGUAACUUAAGUGAAUAUAUUUUUAUAGUGUUCCCACAAUAGAUCUCAACCAUUCAAUAACUGUAUACUGUGUAUACAUUAUAUAUAUAUAUUAUAUUACAUGUAUGAACUAGCAUUGUAGAUACUUGUUUAUUGUUGAUUGUUUGUUUAAUGUCAUGCUUACACCAAUUAUAAUCAUUGCCAUUGUGAUCCAUUUAAAUGCUCAUUCUCAAUGCAUAUUUUUGCUCUGCUAUUUUGUAAUGUUCUUAAUAUUGAGUCUGUAAAACUCGAAGGCAAAAGACUUAACAUUGUAGAUGCUUUGUCAAUUUGCUCUGCGCCAUAGCUAGCUUCUUUUAAGGGCCUUGCAAGUGGCCUAUAGUAAUCAUGCUGUCUGUUCACCACUCCAUCCACAUUUGUUUUAUAACUUUCAAACCAUUGGAGAUAACAACUUCAAACUUGCAAAAAUAUUACCCUUUUUAUGAUGAGUACUCCAACUUCGAUUUGUGAAUAGAUGGUAAUCCAUAUUUACCUAAUUGCCCUCCAUGAUAUGAUAAACUAAAAGGAUUUGUCAUUGGUAAUGUAGGGACUUAUGCACAACCCAACUGUUCUUUUUAUCCCAAACUUCCUCUCAACACUUUCAAGUAUGUUGCCUAAAAUAUUGAAGGAAGAAAAUGAAUGCUCAAAAUUAAUGAAGUUUACUGCAAUUUGUAUUUGUACCCAUUGGUAGAACUGGGGUGGUAUUCAUAAAACAUGUUAAGACAUUUCACAACUUGGGUAAUUUUCUUAGCAUAUGGUACUCUAUAAUAUCUGAAAUACUUCAGUUUCAAUAAUUUUAUCAAAAUUGCAUACUUUUCUUAAGUUAAGAAAUGACUUUUUUUAGCACUGGCCCAAUAUUACCUCCUUUCAUUUUCAUUAUGUUUAAAAAACCUUUAUUGAUGUAACUUGCUUGGAACAGAUGAUAAUGUAAACUUGUAUAUAGUGCAUGAGCUUAAGAUUCUUUGAACCAUACUUUUGAACAUACAUCAAAACCCCUUAUGUAUUCAUCAUAAUUAUUUUAUAAGUGUAUUGAAUGUAAGAACUUCUUAUACUAAUUGAAAAUCUCAGAUAAAAUGAAUAUCAUGGAAGAGUAUGAGCAACAUUUUACUGAAUGGCCCAUAUUGCAUAGUAACCCUGGUUGACUUUGAGAAUGCCUCAAAUUGCCUCCCUUGUCAAACACGCUGUCAUUCAUGGCCCUUAUCACAACCUGGGAUGGCUCUUGUUAGAAAUUGACAUGUUUUGCUUUAUAUUGUCCUACCAAUUAUUUGUGAGAAAAGUUUCUUUCUUUGAAGACAGUGAAUAUUACUUGUUAAGUUGUAUAACUGUCACUUGAACAGAUAACUGGUAAAAAACCCACACCAUUAUACUGUAUAAAAAAUAAAAGUAUUUGUGAGAGUCCUUCAGUAGAACAAAGGUAAAGGUUACAUUUAUUUAGGAUCUGUGGAGGUCCUUCAGUAGGACAUAGGUCAAGGUUACAUUAAGAAUCAUUUUAAGUAAACAUUACUUGUAUAUUCAUUCCAAAUAGUUCCUUUUGUAGAGACAUUACUUGUAAGCUUGACCAUGAUAUGAAAAGAUUUCCUAUAAUAAUGUUUACCUUUAACAUUAGGUAUUCAGAUCACUUAAAUUCCUGAUUUCUUGACCUGACUGUAAAUGUUUACCAGUUAGAGUCAAAGGGGCUACUCAGUUAAUUAGAAUAUGAUUUAUAUGAUUUAAACGAAAAUUAUUGAUUGGUGGAAGAGACUUAAAUCACAUUUUGUUAUUUCAAUGUAAUGUAUUCAUACUGUUCCUGUGUUCUCCGUCGAUAAUGGUUUCACACUCAUUUUGGUAAUCAGAAUUGCAUUUACUUCUUUUGUCUGUUACUCCACAUAUUAUUUGCGUUUAUGAUUGUGCCUGUAUUUUGUUUUGAUAUUUUUUGAUUUGGUGUUUGAAUCACAUUUUGACUAAAACAAAACUAUGAUUUUAUCAUGACUGGUGUGUAUAAUGGUAUGAUAUCAGUAAUAGUUUUGAUGUAAUAUUUGACCAUUCAGUGUUAAAUCAACUGUUAACAUUGCUGGACAAUAUGUACAUUUUCUGUGAUAUAAAGCAUUCCACUUUGAAUCUAGUUCCAGAAAUCCAUGAUUUGUAACACUGUGUCGUGCAAUCAAAUGUACUUUUUAUUAUGAAAAUAAAUUUAGUAAAAUAUGAA